GGGGAGGGCAGAGGGCUUUCGGGGGUGAGAGGUGUUGUCUGACGCGCGGCCCCCACCCCACCCCCAGGACUCACCGGACCGCACGUGGAUCGCGGGGGGUGGCGGGGGCCACCUCCAGAGGCUGCGCACCCGGAGGGGGGCACCUCCACGCGGGAUGCCGAGGAGGGGGCGCCUCCUCCAGGUCUGAGAUACCCCCACCCCCGCCCCACAGCAACCUCCUCCUGCUACUCCCAAACCACGAUGGGCACCAGCCUGGGGGGGCUUUGCCUGUUGGGAGUCCUGACGGCAACUUGUAUGGCUGGUAAGAGAGAGAGAGAGAGAGAGAUGAAUGGGGAAAGUGGGGCGCGGGGUGAGUGAGAGAGAAAAGAUUAGCUUGGGAUCUGGGGGUGGAGUGGGGGGUUAAGUUGGUGGAUGCAAAGAGAACGGGAAUUCCCUGAAAGAAAAAGAUAAGGGCUAGCGGCCAGUCUGACUAUCUAUCUUGUCUUGACUUAUCUUAUCAUUCGUCUGUCUGUCUAUCAUCUAUCUAUCUAUCUAUCUAUCAUCUAUCUCUCCCCCUCUUUCCAUUUCCUCCCCCCUUCCAAUAUAUGCUAUUUAUAAACACAUACAGAUCACCCUCCUAAUUUAUGUUCACUAGCUUAUCUAUAUCAGAUCCACCCUCCUAUCAGGUCUCCUUUGUAGCCUUUCCUUUCUUGAUCUAUCCAUUCUCACCUCUUUCCUCAGUCUCUCCCCCUCCAUAUCUCCAUUUGUAUUUUCUCUCCCUGCGCUUUCUUAAUUUUUUACCACGGGGCUCAACCCCCCCCCCACCCGUAAUAUUCCUUUCCAUCAAAAACAUUCCACAAAGUAAUUUUAAAAAGAAGUAGAGGACCAAAGGUGUCUCUGAGCAUGUGCAGAGCACUUUCCUUGCGGAGGCUGCCCAAGGCAGGGAGUGCAGCUACUUUUCCUUGAGCUCCAGUAUCUCCCUCUCCCUGAAGAACCUCAGUAGCACUCCCUUGUUCAUUCAUGUGUUUUCUGUGCAAUCCAUUGACAUGCCUGCCAUCCAUUGAUGGGGGGGGGGGGAAAGAAGCAGAGGUGUAGGUAGCAUAUAGCUCAGUGGUAGUAUCUGCUUUGCACGCAGAAGGUCUGAGGUUCAGUCCCCGCCAUCUCCACUUAGGGCUGCGAGGGACCCCUGCCUGAAAUCUCAUAGAACAAUAUAAAUGGAUCAAUGGUGGAUUCAGUAUAAGUCAGUGUUGCGAUUAAGCUUCCAUGCUUUUGUCUCCCCCUUCAAUUGCCCCACUAAUUAACCCUUCCCCCCUUUUAUCCCUGCAGUGCAGUUUGUUCCUGCAAAGACCUACGAGGACUGGUGGGCAUACAAGGAGACACUUCACGGUAGCUUCGUUCCAGGUACAAAAUGACCACUGGGGUGGGGGGUAUGCGCCUUCCUUUCUCGCUUGCCUUCUUAACAUGCCCAACUCAGACAACUCUUCUAGGUCAGGUGGCCUGUGGCCACAAGUGGCGUACAUGUGCUAGAAAUCCCUCUAGCGUUGACUGUUCUUGUGAGCAGAUCCUAUGAUGAGCUGCAGCACAACCAUUCAGUUGGCUGGUUUCCUGUGGAACUCUCAGCCACAUGAUGUUACGGAAAUCACUAGACCAGCUGGGUCCCGGUCAGCCUUCUCGCUCAGGAUUGAGGGAUCUUGCAGGGGCCGUGGCUCAGUGGAAGAGCGCAUGCUUUUCAGGCAGACAAGCCCAGGUUCAAUUCCCCAGCCCAACCAGUUUAAUAGAAUCAGGAAGCAAGUGGAGAUUGUCUGGGCAGUCAUAGCAAACAAUACUGGGUUAGAUGGGCAAAGGCACUUCCACGCCACUUAAGCACUCACAGAGAAUCCUGGGAACUGUAGUUUGUGAAAGUGGCUCGCAAUUAUAGCUCUGUGAGGUCAGCACCCUUCCACAAACUACAGUUCCUGGGAUUUAUUUAUUUUUGGUGGGGGGGGGUAGGGGAGGGGAAGCCAUUACUCUUAAAAUAGUGUAAGAGGGUUUCAGAAAUAUGGGUGUGAGCUUAGCCUGAUCUAGCAAGCAUCACCAAAAGGAUAUUGUGCAGCUAGAAAAGGGCAACCAAAAUUAUCAAAGGCUGGGCAACUUCCCUAUGAUGAAAGAUUAAAAUGCUUGUGGGUCUUUUUGGCUUAGGUAGAAGGUGACUAAGAGGGGGACAUGGUCAAAGUAUGUGAAAAUUAUGUAUGGUGUCAAGGCAGUGGACAAAACACAGUUUUUCUCCCUCAUAAUACCAGAACCUGUGCUCAUCCAGUGAAACUGAGUGACAGAAACAUCAAGACAGACAAGAGGAAGGUCUUAGAAUCAUGGAAUUGUAGAGUUGGAAGGGACCCUGAGGGUCAUCCAGCCCAACCCCCUACAAUGUAGGAAUGUGCAACUGUCCCAUAUGGGGAUCAAACCAGCGACCUUGGCGUUAUCAACACCACCCUCUAACCAACUGAGCUAGCCAGGCUGCUUUAUGCAGUGAACCAUUAAAUGAUGCCAGAAGAUAGGGAAGGCCUGUAGCGCAGUGGUAGGACAUCGGUUUUGCAUGCACAAGGUCCCAGGUUUGAUCCCCAGCUUCUCCAAGUAAGAACAUAAGAAGAGCCUGGUGGAUUGGGCCAGUGGUCCACCCAUCGAGUGCAGCAUCCUGUUCUCUCUGUGGCCAUCCAGAUACCUGUGGGAAACCAGCAAGCAGGAUCCGAACACAAGAGCCUCCUGUGGUUUCAGGAGACGGAGCAAUAGCCAUCAUGGCUCAUAGCCUUAACGUCCAUGAUUUUUCGUCCAAUCCAUCAAAGAUAGGAUAGUGGCUGGGAAUUUGCCCUGUAUGAAACCUUGGAGAGCUACUGCCCAUCGAUGUCUGUUACUCAUGGUGGCUUAUAUAGGACCUCAAGUAUCCCAGAGGCAAUAUAGCUCUGGUCUCGAGGGAGGGCAGAGGGAGAGGGCCAGGGUCCUCCUACCCCACCUGUGGACUCCCCAUGGGCAACUGGUUGUAGGGAAGAGGAUGCUGGUCUAGCCAGGCCAUUGGUCUGAUGCAGUAGCACUUCUGGUUUUCCUAGAAAGUCAGUUCUUCAUUGGGGUAGAUGGUGAAUGGAAAAGGGCAAAUGGAGAGGUGGCUAGAGGAGUGAUUGGCGCCACAUGGCCAUAUUUUUGGGAAAGAAAGAGUAGAGGAAUAUGUGAAGUGAAGGGGUGAACGGUGGGCUAUCUUGAGAACAAGGUGGGAGAAAAAUAAGGGGACAGGGUGGACGAGUCAUCCUGGAGGCAGGAUAGCGGGCGAUAAAAAUGUUUGUCUGCUCCUAUCGUGUAAGUUAUUCCCUUUGGCCACUUGGAGGGAAAGGCUUGUAUCCAAUGAUGCUCCAACAGAACCACUAGUUCUCCUUCCAUUUGCUUUCCUACCUCAAAUCUGCUCUGGAAAUUCUCCCAACCCUGAUUUGGGGGGUGUUCAUGGGCCAGAGGAGAUGGGGGGAGAGAGAGAAGUUGCUCUGUGUCAUGCCUGGAAGUCCAUUGUGCCUUCAGAGCUGCAGGGUUAGCUAUAGCCCAAAGUUUGGAAACAUCCUUGUAAGGGAAGACAUCUCAUCUUUUUAAAGAAUUAAAAAAAUCUGUCUUCCUGCUUUCCACAUGUUGAUUGGUACAAGUAGAGUCCGGAUAUCUUUGUCACCAUUUAAAAUAAAAAUAAAAAUGCACACAUCCUUCAUUUAAAGGUAAGGCAUGGGUCUAGUCCUCAUCGUACUGGGGGCAAUAAGGUUGACCAUGCUCAGGCAGCAUCUCAUAAAAGCUGAGAAAGCAUAAAAGGUGUACAGUUUAGUUCCCUUCUCAGAAGGUGGAGCAUCUGUGCCGUGACAUCUUUUUGGGGGGACUUCAGAAGGUGGUUCAUCUGAGCCCUUGGAGCUUUGCCCACCUAGAAUCAUAGAACUGUAGAGUUAUAAGGGACCCUGAGGGUCAUCUAGUCCAGCCCCCUGCAGACGCAGGAUUCACAACUCAAAAAACCCUGACAGAUGGCCACCCAACCUCUGCUUAAAGACCUUCAAUGAAGGAGAGUCCACCACCUUCCGCGGUAGCCCGUUCCCCCUUCAAACAUUCCUGACGCUUAGUUGGAAUCUCUUUCCUCGUCAUUCGAAUCCGUUACAAGGAAGGAGAUUCCGACGAACCGUUAGGAAGAACCUGCUUCCCCUGUCUCACUUCCCUCUCUCCUCUCUGCUUCUCCUCCCCCUCCCACCACAACCCCCCCCCCCCGUACAGUAUUUCAUCUUCCCAUUUCUCCCUUUCCCCCUGGCUGUGGCUCCUUCAAAACUUCCGAAACGCCGUGGACGUGUGUUUUCCUGUGCCUGUUGUGGGGGGUAGGUGGGGCGCCCCUGAUUCCCAGCUUUGCCCUCGGAAUGAGAAGAUCGGCUGGUGAAGCAGAUGCCUUGUCAGCGGGCUUAAUUUGCAUGAUUAAUUCUGAGCUCAGGAUCUGGGUUUCUUCGGCGCGGAAUGUUGGCACCGAUGCCAGACAGCCAAUUAGGUCUUGGAUGCCAGAUGGGGAAUGAACACACACAGAGAGAGAGAGAGACAUAUGCCUCGCUCAUGACCCCCUGCGUCGAAGGUUGGGGAUGACUCGUGGUGUCCCAAGGGGACGGUGUCUCCUCCAUCGCCUUGCUGCGAGAGGAGGAGUGCCAACGCUGGAGGUGGCGGCGGCUGCUGCUGCGCCGUGCCUGUGCGCAGUGCCGAGAGCCGGGGUGGGGGGCUGGGCUCAGCAACUGCAAGAGGCUGCAUUAAUAUUUAAUAUCUCCCUCGCCCGCUCCAGUGAUGCAGCGAGCAGCAGGCAAAGAGAAAUGGGACCACAGCGUUGGGGGGCGGGCGGGUAGGCAGGCAGGCAAGCGGGGGAUCAAGGGGGCACGCCGGUGGCAUGAUAGGAUUGAGGGGGACAUGCCACAAUAUUAUCAUCAUCACCACCCUACUCCCCAGGAGUGUGAAAAGGGAAAGGGCAAAGAAUGUGUCCGCCUUGGCCCCCCCCCCAAUGCUGAGAGGAGAAAAACAAUUAAGUAUAUACACAUAGACAUUAGAAUGCACCAAAAAAAGCACCAGCAUACAGGAACCACAGAAGGAAUCAGGAAUGAAGCAAGCUUGGGCACACACACACACAGAGAGAUGAAGGGACAGCCACAGAGAGAACGGAACCAGAUGCAUUGCUUUGCUGAAAUUCAUGUGCACAACAAUUUCCCAUAUUCAAAUGCCCAGUGUACAUAGUCACACGCAGUCUUCACCAAGCUGGUGCCCUCCAGAUGUUGGCACGCUACGAUUCCCAUCAGGUGCACCAGCUGAUGGGAACUGUAGUCCAACACCACCAGCAGGGCAUAAAGUUGGCAGUGGCUGCACAAGACAGAUAUAUCUACACACUUGUAGAUGUAUCUUGAUGAGCUGGAAUAUGUGCAGAGGAGGGGGACCAAGAUGAUCAAGGGUCUGGAAAACAAGCCUUAUGAGGAAUGGUUGAAGGAGCUGGGUAUGUUUAGUCUAGGAAAGAGGAGACAGAGAGGAGGUACGGUAGCGAACUUCAGAUAUCUAAAGGGCUGUCACAUGGAAGAUGGAGUGUGCUUGUUUUCUCCUGCUCCAGAGGAUAGGACCCGAACCAAUGGCUUCAAUAUACAAGAAAGCAGAUUCCAACUAAAUAUCAGGAAGAACUUUCUGACAGUAAGAGCUAUUUGACAGUGGCACGGUCUCCCUCGAGAGGUUGUGGACUCUCCUUCCUUGGAGAUUUUUAAGCAGAGGUUGGAUGGCCAUCUGUCAUGGAUGCUUUAGUUGAGAUUUCUGCAUUGGGGUCCUUUCCAGACAUACAGUUCUAUGAUUCUAUGGUGUAUGUGUGUAUGGCUUUGCCUUGGGGGCAUAUAAAUUAAGCAGUAAUGUAACAUAACACCUGGGUAACAACAGACACACCACCUGAUUCCUUUUAGCCUGAAAUAUAUUGCACAGCCACAUCCGUUCCUGGUUAAAAAUAUACAUGCAGACAGAGUAACUCUCACCUGCCCCUCUCUGUUCUCUUGCUUGUACUCCUAGCUCUUGUGAAAAUACAUUACAUGCUUAAUUAACACAUCUGUGUGCAUACACACACACACACACACACACAUCUACCACGAACUUAUUCAUGUAGAAGUUUCACGCGCCACUUUUUGAGGAAAGACCUUCAAGUUGGCUUACUGUCGAUGGUAAUGUUCAGGGCUUGCUGUUUGUUGCCUGCUGGGAGUGACAGGGCAGAAGGUAGAGAGACCAACAACAGGGGGAGCCAGAGCAAUCACAGAAAGGGCAACACUAAUUCCUUCUCCUAAGGAGGAGGAAGAUGACAGGCAGGGCUACUUCCUGGAUUGGCUGUAAAUAAGAAGGCAGGUAGACGGGGUGGGGGGGUAGUGGCUGGUGGCAGAUGAAGGUUCGUCUGGGUGGAGCCUCAUUCGCCAGCUUCCACUGAUCCAUAGCAGGGCCUUUUCAGUGGUGAUUCCCCUGUUGUGUAAUGCCCUCCAUCAUUAUUAACUUGAAGGAAGAAUAUGAAACAUGCUUGUUUCUUCAGGCAUUUGGUGGCCGUUCCUGGCAAUUCUUGUGAUCGUUGGAUGGAGGUCUGUUCUUACCAAAAUUGCUUUUAGAAUACUUUGUAACUGAAAGUGUUUUUAAUUAUACAGUGGUACCUCAGGUUACAUGCGCUUCAGGUUACAGACGCUUCAGGUUACAGACUCCGCUAACCCAGAAAUAGUGCUUCAGGUUAAGAACUUUGCUUCAGGAUGAGAACAGAAAUCAUGCUCCGGAGGCGCGGCGGCAGCAGGAGGCCCCAUUAGCUAAAGUGGUGCUUCAGGUUAAGAACAGUUUCAGGUUAAGAACGGACCUCUGGAACGAAUUAAGUACUUAACCCAAGGUACCACUGUAGUUGUUUUUGGAAUGUUGAGGCUGUUUUAGAAUGCUUUUUGCUUUGCUUUUGUUUCUAAAUUGUGAAUCUUCUGUUUGCCACUCCUUUGGGAGAAAAGGUGAGGUAUAGAUUCAAUAAAUAACUAGUAACAAUCAUAUAUGCCUUCACACGAAAUCCAUGCAACCCAGUAGCCGUUAGCAGCUAGCAGCAAAGUGAGGGCUUUCAAGCCUUUUGUGUGAAAAUGGUCCUCAGCAUCUAUUGUUCCAUCCAGAUUGGUGGGGUGGCUUUUCGCAUGUGGAUGUUCCUCACAACGUGCCCUUGACACAAUAAAUUGUGCAUUACUGUUAGAGUUAUACUGGGCUGCUCACACAUCUGCGACGCUCCCCCAGUGUUACUGCGUAAUUGCUGUCUGGUGGGGCAGCCCUGCAUAGCAGUGGAACAAAAACAUAAUGGCACAAAACAAAAUAAAACAAAGGUACCCCCUGGAACACUAGUGGAAACAAAGCAGUAUGUGUCCCUCCCCCCUCCCCCCCACCAGCAACUUUUGCAGGCACCAACAGUAUUGAAACUAACCACCCUGAAGCCAUCAAGAGUGCAGUCAUGAUGUAUGCACAAUAAAAAGGACAUCUGGAGGCACCCUGUAUCUAUGCAUUUUAAAAAUUAACACUGGAAGCUGUGGAACACAAACCCCAUUGCGUGCUCUGCCUCCCCUCCCCCCCCCAUCCUCCCUACAUGGUCUCGCUGAAACACUCCCCAGGUACCAUCUCUUUCCAACCUUCCAUCUGCACCCCAUGGGCAAGCAGAUGAAAGCGAAUCAUUUCCUCGGCUCUUGCGCAAGGAUUCCACAGGGCUCCUUUUUUUUCCUCUUGCAGGUCCUCCAUUCUGGGGUCUUGUGAAUUCGGCUUGGAGCCUCUGCGCCAUUGGCAAGCGCCAGUCGCCCGUGGAUGUCAACACAAGCCAAAUGGUGUUUGAUCCUUUCCUCCCUCCACUUCGACUAAGCACGGGCGGGAAAAAGGUGUGUGCUUGUGCAUGGAAAGCCAUGGACAAAGGUGUUUGCAAGGUUCAUUGAAUUUACUUCCCGGUAACAGCAGAGCCUAGGGCUUGCUGAUCAGAAGGCUGGCGGUUCGAAUCCCCGCGACGGGGAGAGCUCCCGUUGCUUGGUCCCUGCUCCUGCCCACCUAGCAGUUCGAAAGCACGUCAAAGUACAAGUAGAUAAAUAGGUACCACUCCAGCGGGAAGGUAAACGGCGUUUCCGUGCGCUGCUCUGAUUCGCCAGAAGCGGCUUAGUCAUGCUGGCCACAUGACCCAGAAGUGAGAUGAGUGCCGCAACCCCAGAGUCGUCGUCGACUGGACCUAACAGUCAGGGGUCCCUUUACCUUUAACUGUGCCUAAGCUUGCAGUAAUAAACAGCAUCAGAAUGGAUCCAGACUAAGGCUGCAUGUUUAUUAUUAAAACACUGCUUCUUCUCCCUUCCAACUUGGAUCAAAGCAAGUUUUAAGAAAACAUACCAAAAUGUAGCAUUUCAUAAGAAACAACAGGAUAGUUAUGGAUUGUGGGUAAAGCCGUGCAUACAUUGCUUUCCAAACCAGUGGUGGGAACAUAUUGUAUGCAGAGUAAACAGGAGUGUGUGCACAUCAUGAAGUAGUCACACCAAAUCUUUUCACAUUGAUUUCAAUAGGAAAGUUGCUUUGCCAUAAUCCAGCCCUGUAUAUUGACAUAUUUUAACUCCACUUUUCUGUCCCAUCACCAGGACCCUGAAGGCUGUGACCAAACGAAGCUUAAAACCAGAGUAAUAAAAUAUUAUAAACAUGAAUUUUAAAGAAGCACAGCAGAUAAAAUCUCCUUAGCGUAACCAAAGGGAAAACAGUAGCUCAGUCAUCAAUCAUGCUACAAGCUCACUGUAACAGUGUAGGCAUUUUACCUGGAGAAACAAGGAAAAGUGCCAACUGGGGCAGAGUGUUCCAAGGUUUAAGUGCCACCACCGAGAAGGAAAUGUCCCUCAUUAUGGCUGGGGUGAACAAAGGGUGUAAAUAAUACUCGUGCCGCUGGAUUUUUCCUGUCCCCCAUCUCCUUUCCCUGUUACAUCAUCUCACCCCGCAGAUCAGUGGCACCAUGUACAACACGGGACGGCAUGUCUCCUUCCGCCCAGACCCACUGCAGCUGGUUAACGUUUCUGGAGGGCCUCUGCUGUACAGUCACCGCCUCCAGGAGCUGCGCCUGCACUUUGGUAGCGAAGAUGGGUUUGGCUCCGAGCAUCGGAUAGACGGCGAGACCUUCUCCGCCGAGGUGAUCUCAGGCCCUGCUCAGACUGGUGCAUUUUGUGGAUACUCUUAGCUCAGACGCCGAUCUAUACAUGCAGGAAAAUUGAGUGCCAUUAAAACUUUUCCUCAAAUCAACCUCACAUUCGUUUAAAGGGUUUCUACACCAGCUGUGUUAGACUGCAGCCCUAAAAAACCAAUACCAAUAAAACGCACAGCACACGAAGGCUUUAAGUAAAUAGUAAUGUUCUUACUAUACGGGUGGCGCUGUGGGUUAAACCACAGAGCCUAGGACUUGCCGAACAGAUGGUCGGCGGUUCGAAUCCCUGCGAAGGGGUGAGCUCCUGUUGCUCAGUCCCUGCUCCUGCCAACCUAGCAGUUUGAAAGCACGUCAAAGUGCAAGUAGAUAAAUAGGUACCGCUCCAGCGGGAAGGUAAACGGCGUUUCUGUGCACUCCUCUGGUUCGCCAGAAGUGGCUUAGUCAUGCUGGCCACAUGACCCAGAAGCUGUACGCCAGCUCCCUCGGCCAAUAAAGCGAGAUGAGCGCCACAACCCCAGAGUCGGUCAUGACUGGACCUAAUGGUCAGGGGUCCCUUUACCUUUACCUUUAAUGUUCUUAAAAGCCCAGAGUUGUUGCAUUAGGAUUGAGGACACCCAGGUUCAAAUCCCCACUGCGCCACUGGGUGAUUAUCUCUCAGCUUAGCCCACCUCACAGGGCUGUUGGGAGGAUAAAAGAGGGAGGAGGGCAAAAAAAGGGGGGAGGAGAUCCAUGUAUACUGCUUUAGGAUCCUGAGAGGAAAGGCAGGAUGUAAAUGUAAUACGUAUAUCGGUCAUUCCACAUCUGCAAAAUGCAAGCUUUAUUUACGUCUGCAUAUGCCUUUUUCUCUUUCGUUCCCACCUCUAGGUUCAGCUGAUCCACUACAACCAAGAGCUCUACCCCAAUAUCUCAGAGGCGUCGCGCAAUCCCAAUGGUUUGGCUGUCAUUUCGAUCUUUGCUGAUGUGAGUCUCUCCCUCUCCCUUCCAACCCCACAAAAAAUAAAAUAAAAAUCUAGGGCGUGCCAGAUGGGUCCCUGGCCAGCUCAAGGUUGGGCAGGAGAUCAGAGGACAAAAUGCAAGGCCUUUGUUUCAUUUCUCUUUGCAGAUUGGACCAAGCCCCAACCCAUUCCUAACCAGGCUGUUAAACAGAGAGACCAUCACCCGCAUCUCGUAUAAGAGUAAGUGGGAAGAGGACUACGUUAGAGGUCCCUUGGCAAAGAUGGUCAGGACUGGGAAAGCUAACCAGGGAGGGGGUGGUUGCGGGAGAGGACAUGACAGGAGUUUUAAAAAUGGAGAAUGGCAUUGUUUCAUAACAAUGGAAUGGCCACUAGCCUAGAUGGUUUUAACCAACGUUCAGGAACAGCAGCUCUGUGAGUCAGCUAUGUGGAAUCUCACCUGUGCAGAUGUCUUCAAUCCUGUGUGCUGCACACAAACAACAGGGGAGGGGUGUUACCUUACGUUUCCCAGAAGGACCCGCCAGAGCCGCUUUGGGGGACAAAGUUCUGGACUAGAUGAACCUUUGAUCCAAUCCCAUAGGGCCCUUCUUCUGAUACUCGCCUGUGUGUGCAUCUCUCUCUCUCUCUCUCUCUCUCUCCAGAUGAUGCUUAUCUUCUACAUGACCUGAGUCUGGAAGAUCUCUACCCAGAGACUUUUGGCUUCAUUACUUACCAAGGAUCCAUGUCAACCCCUCCGUGCUACGAAACAGCCACUUGGAUCCUUAUUGACCGACCCAUCAACAUGACCUCUGUACAAGUAGGUUCCUCCCUGGGGCAGUGGAGUCUCUGGAUUUCCCAGCAUCAAGAAAAGCUCCUUAACUCACCCUCCCCACUAGAUUCACCUGCCCCACACCCAGCCCUUCUCAAAAACCUAGGAGUCCUGAUCCUCAACUGCCUUCUUGACCUCCUUUCCCCACUUCUCUCUCUUCUGCAGAUACACUCCCUUCGUCUUCUCAGCCAGAACCUCCCUUCCCAAAUUUUCCGGAGCAUGAGUGACAAUUCGAGACCCCUCCAGCCCCUCCUCCAUCGAAGCCUUCGGGGCAACCGAGACCCACGGCGCCCCACUCGACGUUGCAAGGGGGGCAACUACAGGCUCCAUGGUAUGCAGGCCAGGAAUUUGAGCUCUGUUCUUUCAUGCUCAGACCUGCUAGGUUUUACUCUCCUUCCUUCCUUCCUUCCUUCCUUCCUUCCUUCCUUCCUUCCUUCCUUUUUCUUUCUUUCUCCUUCCUUCCUUCCUUCCUUCCUUCCUUCCUUCCUUCCUUUAUCUGUUUACUUACAGCAUGUGCAGCCUGGCUUUCUAUCAGACAUUCAAGGUGACUUGCAAUCAAAAUUCAGCAAUGCAUGUUGAUUUUUUAAAAAAUAGACUAAUGACAAUCUUUAAAAAUGACUGGAAAAGGAGAUUAAGAACCUUGCUUUCCCUCCAGAUGUUGUUGAACUCCAAAUCCCAUCAGCCCCAGCAUGGCCAACAAGCAGAGAUUAUAGGAACUGUAGUCUGUCUGUUUGUUAAUCAGUGCAAUCCUAUAUGCAUCUACUCAGAAGCAAGUCUUACGGACUUUAGCAGGGCUUACUACCAGGUUAGGCAGUAUAGGAUUCCUGUCUACUACUGCCUUGGAUUUUUAAGUAAGAUAAAGUGGGGGGGGGGAUUAAAGGAUAGGCCUGGUUCCUCAAAAGACCAAAAGCAGGACAGUGAGUUACUAGAAAACAGGGACCAUCCCUGGCAAACAGGGUCAGUUGGAGCAUUUGACACACAGGCAGGAUCUGUUUAAAAACAAAUCCCUUUCCAUAACCUGCAUUUCCCCCCUUCUCUCUUUCAGUGGAUGGUACACGUCCUCCGAAAACUGUCAUGUAGCUGAGAUGUGCUGCAACCAGUUGAAUGUUUGAGGGUGGCUGUGGCUCCUUCAGAAUUUGAUGUCUAACUGAGGAAGUUGUAACCUCCCACUUCUGGGUGACCAGACUGCCUUCCACCAUGCGAAAGGGGAAUAACAGGAUGCCUGUGAACAACAACGGAAUGUAUGCCUCAGGGGUGUUUGGGACACACAUGCACACCCACACAAUACGGCUUCCAGAGGUUUCUAAAAAUGAGGCCACUGCUAUUUAUCAACAGAACGUGGCGUACUCAAUUGAACAGCCAUAUCUUAAAAGGGAUUGGGCCUUUCCCAGAUGCCUGAGGACUAGAAUCUUGUCCUCUGACAUUGCCUCCCUGCUUAUUCCCAAAAGCAAUUGGCUUUUUGUUCAAACACACUCAAAAUCUCCGUGAAUCCAAAACAUGAGGGAGAGAGAAUGUAACCCAAAUUUGGGGCAGCACAGCCAAACUGCAUUGGGCAGACAGCUGUUCCCCUGAUGCUGCAAACAGCUCAGAAUGUCUGGUUGGGCAUAUAAAUGUUGGAGACUAUCCCCCAUAAUGUAUGAGGACACUCCCAAGAUAUCUGAGGGACAUUCUGUGAGCUUCAGGAGCCACCGGCCACAAAAACUCAAACAGGGUGGUUUCCUUCUAUAUUAAUGUUCUGAACCUCAGGAAGUCGGGGGGUGGGACAGGAUAACACAAACGAUACACAGGGACAACCUCACAAAUCCUGAGAUUCUUUCAAUAUUUGGGGCAGAGACAUACACAUGAAACUCCACCCCACUUUCUGUGCCAAUGUGAGGAAAUCUGGGGUGGAAAAUACAAACGAGAGCCCCCUCCCAAAUCCUCAGUAUAUUUUGGGAUGUUUAAGAGAACAGAAAACACACACCAAGGUGACCAUCAUUUCCGAAUGGCCUUCAAUAACCUUAACUGGGGAGCAGGGAGAGGGGAGAAUUUUGUUGCCAAAAGAAUCCACCUUUUGAAUACAGAUUAAUAUUAUUAAUUAAAGAACAGUUUUCGAAACAA